AUGGCUGGCGCUGCCGGCGGCGGAGCGGGGGGGCGCGGGGGUUCCGCGCGCGGGGGGUCCGCGCUGGCGCAAGAGCUACUGCUGUACGUGUGCAGCGCGGGGAUCAGCGCGCUCGUGCUGCUCUUCACGUUCCGCCAGCUGGACCCCAACCGCGCGCAGGCGAAGCUCGCGAAGCAGCGGAAAAGGGAGAUCGCGAAGAGACUGGGUCGGCCGUACAUCGAGACCAACAUGUAUGAGGACGUGAUAGCCAACGAUGUCAUCAACCCACAGGACAUCCACGUCACCUUUGACUCCAUAGGCGGCCUGCAGCACGUCAAGGAGUCUCUUCACGACCUUGUCAUUUUGCCCCUGCAGCGACCAGAGCUCUUUGCACAGGGGCGCCUGUUGCGACCACAGAAGGGUGUGCUGCUGUUUGGCCCGCCAGGCACGGGCAAGACGCUCUUGGCGAAGGCGAUUGCAAAGGAGUGCAGAGCGGUGUUUAUCAACGUCAGAAUCGCCAACCUUAUGAGCAAGUGGUUUGGGGACGCUCAGAAGCUAGUCACAGCGGUGUUCACGCUAGCCCACAAGCUGCAGCCAGCUAUAAUCUUUAUCGACGAGGUCGAGUCAUUCCUGGGGCAGAGGAGGAACACGGAGCACGAGGCGGUUACGAGCAUGAAGACCGAGUUCAUGUCCCUGUGGGAUGGCUUCAGCACUGACGACACGGCGCGGGUGAUGGUGCUAGCAGCCACCAACCGCCCCUGGGAGCUGGACGAGGCCAUUCUCAGGCGCCUACCCCGCCACUUCGAGAUCCCGCUGCCCGACCUGGCCGGGCGAACCAGCAUUCUGGAAGUGAUCUUGCGGGACGAGGACGUGGAUGAGGACUUGGAUCUGCAAGAAAUCGCCUCACUGUGUGCCGGCUACAGCGGAUCAGACCUCACUGAGCUGUGCAAGCAGGCGGCGUACCUGCCUCUUCAUGACUUUCUGGAGGAGGAGCGGAGAGCGCUGCAGGGGAAGGGCAAGGAUCCCACCUCCCAGCGCCCCCUCGCCCGGGCGGAUUUCCUCCGCGUGCUCAGCGAGUCCCGGCCGUCCCGAGACGCUGCGUUUGACUAUCUGCGCAAGCGCAGCAGCAGCAGUGCCAGCCUGCCACACCUGGGAGAAGACCCUAACCCCACUGCUGCCACCACCAAUGGCACCGCCUUUCCCUCAUACCCUUAUGCGAAUGGAGGGGCGCUCACACCGCCCAUGGCUGCUGGUGGUGGUGCUUCGCAAGCAGCACAGCAGGCGGAUUUGAUGCGGCUGCUGUUUCAAGCGGCAAUGGCAUCGGCAUUGCAGCCGCAAGCAAUGCCGCAGCAGCAGGGGUUGCAGGCGCAAGGGAUGCAAGCACAGGGAGGGGAGCAACAAGGGGUGCCCCAGCAGGCCUUGCACUCACAUGGAGAGGAUUCUGGCUUCGGACACAAUGCUCCUGCUGGUGCUGCUGGUGCUGAUCGUGCUGCUGGUGCUGCUCCUGCUGACGAUGCUAUUGGUGCUGGCGGUGGCGGCUUGGGCAAAAGUGAUGCUUCGGGUGAUGAUAGUGAAAAGAGUUCUCGCGGUUCGUCGCGCAACGGCGACGCGGACGACGACGACACGGCGAGCACCGCGUCGUCGUCAAACGACCUUCCCGCGGUCUAUUCCGGCGCGCGCGACGACGUGUAUUGCGCUGCGACGGCGACGGAAGCACUGCUAGAUGCGCUGCAGGAGAAGCGAUCAACGACGCGUGAGGCGGCGCUCAAGGGGUUGGCGACCACUCUGGCAUCUCAAGUGCACGGGGAGCUCGUGCAGGACAAGUUCGACACUCUCACGCAGGGAUUUCUCUCGUGCCUGAGGAAGGGCAAAGCGCCCGAGCAAGUUCUAGCUGCCCGAUGCCUUGGUCUGCUGGCACUCACCUUGGGUGCUUGUGACUCGUGCGAGGAGCUGCUCUCCUCGUCGCUUCCGCAUCUGAGCAAGCUCGCUCGCGCUGCUGGCUGCGCUGCCACCCGCGUUGCUUGUCUAGACGCCAUGGCCAUCAUCACCUUCGUGGGGGCCAUGGACGCACAUGCCACGGAGGAGAGCAUGGGCUUGCUGUGGCUCGUCGCCAACCCGCAGGGCGCCAGCAAGGCAGUGGUACCGGCAGCAGUGAGGGGAUCAGCCAUCAGCAACUGGACCCUGCUCCUCUCCACGCUUCCCUCAUCUCAGCUCUCGCAGUUUCACACCCGCAG